AUGAUUAACAAUACUGAUUAUCACGAUACAUUAACAGCAUCACUGUUACUUGAAGACUGCGACGGGCGAGUGUAUGAUCGACGACGAAAGCAGUUUUCGACCACAAUAAAGGUUGAAAGAGGUCAUAUUUUAUGCCUAGCGGUAGAAAACAGCAACGACAUGGACGGAAGGCGAUAUCGUGAUGCUUACUGGGAAAAAGAAUUAUCCAGUAAAAGUAACCUAAGUACCAGGAACGUUCUGUUCAUGAAGUGUCUCGAAUUUGGCGAUGUAUAUUUGCGCGUACCGAAAGCAAAGGUAGCAUUACUGACAAGCUUCGAAGCUUUGCUGCUGAAAGCUAUACGCGAUGUGGAUUUUCGAUUUCGCUUCCAUCAGGAUAGAGAUUUAUUUAAUUUUGUAUGUCAACUCCAGAUCGGCCAUCGUGUUGUCGUGCAGGUUGGUAUAAUUUUUCCUGCAAAAAUUUCCCCAUUGAUUUGA